AUGACGAAAGAUUGGAGUCCUCUUCGCGACGAAAUCCAGCAGCUUUAUCAGGACUUUCCAAAACCGAAUCGGAUUUCGCAUCCUUCAAGGAAGCGUCUGGGAUCAUCUUCAGCUACCAGAGGGGUGAGAACUACUUCUGCUUUGCCUCUCGCUGCCGAUUCAUUCAACCCAAGUAAUCGAAGAACAGAUCUUCAUCUUGCCGUAUUAGGACAGGAUGAGCAACAGGUACAGCGAUUGCUCUUUGAUGGAAAUUCUGUCAAGGAUGAAGAUAACGUCGGCAACCAGCCUCUGCACUACGCGGUAGACGGAACAUCAGAGAAUAUCGUCAGUCUCCUGAUUAAGUAUGGCGCAGAUGUCAACGCAAAGGGCCAGCUAGGACGCUCUCCACUUCAUCUCGCUGUCUCUAAAGAGGAUUUCACUCGUCAUCUUCUAACUGCUGGUGCAGACACUAACCUCCAAGACGAGAACGGAGACACCCCUGUCCAUCUUGCUGUACUAGACUUUGUGCAAAAAACAAGAAGCUCCAAUUUGGAAUGGUUCCCGUCUGCACUCUACGCCAUGAUAGGCGCGAAAUGCGACCUCAACUUGAGCAACUUGGCAGGAAUGACUCCAUUCCAUGGCUUACUCGCUCGGGAUCCACAUGCCUCUCCGGGCAGUAUCUCAGACUGUCAGAUUCAUUGUCUUCAAAACGGAGCUAGUCCAACUCAACCGUGUUCUGAUGCGGAUGCGAGAACUCCUCUGCAGAUACUUCUUUCAUAUUUUUCACGGGAUAGCCCGAUUACACGAUGGGAUAAAGCAGCAUGUAAAGUCAUCAGGAUUUUGAUUGAGAAAGGAGCCGAUCCACAAACCAAGCUUCCCUCCGGAAUGACCUUAGUGUCAAGGUACUUUGAAGCAUUCGGACUUGGAUGGAGCCGAUGGGGUUCGAAACCUAGUCAUGAAUUAGGCGAGACACUCUGCAAGUAUGCUGAUCUCAUGCCACUGUCGGGCUCUGGUGGGAGGCUGAAAGCAUCGCUAUUGCAUAUACUGGCGCAAACUUGUGUCAGUAACACCGGGUAUAGGGCCUUCGACAUCAUUGCCUUCUUCAAGGUUGUUUUGCAAAGAGGAGCAGAUCCAAACCUACCGGACGAGGAAGGAAAGACGCCUUUGCAUCAACUAUACCAGACUAAGGGCAAUGCUCCAGACAUUGUCUUAAGAGCCACAGAACUCAUGAUAAAACAUGGAGGAAACCCUUUCAUAGCAGACUCUUCUGGCAAGAGCCCUUUGUUCGGAGCCUCGGAAUUUCGACCUUCUCGACCAAGUGUCAACUACGUGUAUCAUCUUCUGAAGUCCACACUUGACUUCGAUGAGAUCUUAUCCACUCCCAGGGAACGGCAAUCGUCUAAGAGGGAAUGCCCAUGGGACGACUGGGAUUCGGCAGCAAACGCAAAUGACUGGGACCAAGCCAUCAAAUUCAUCAAAGGCUCCCGACCUUCAUGCUCCGAUGUGGGAAUGGUGGCAUCUGAAGACAUUGGACACAGCACUUCUGAGUCCUGA